AUGUCCGAUUCCGAACAGCCUAAAGAAGAAAAGCCCGACAACACCCACAUCAACUUGAAGGUGUCCGACGGAUCUGCAGAGAUCUUCUUCAAGAUCAAGAGAACCACCCCCAUGAGAAGACUUAUGGAGGCGUUCUGCAAGAGACAGGGCAAGGACUUGAACAGCUUGAGAUUCUUGAUCGACGGAACCAGAGUGUCUCCCGACAACACCCCCGACGACUUGGAGUUGGAGGAUGGCGACACCAUCGAGGCCCAUCGUGAGCAAACCGGUGGGUGUGCUUGA